AGGGAUACUGUCUUCACGCCCGCCGCUCUCCCUCGACGGCCGAGCUUGCUUGCUCGCCCGUGGGAGCGUCCCGGCCGAGCAGCCCUGAGGGGGGAGGGGAGGCCAUUUUGUCCCGACCGACUCCCCGGAACCGGGCGGAGCGGCUGGGAGAGGCUGCGGAGCCGCGGUCGCCGCCCUCGGAGGCACCGGACGCAGCCACCGUCGGGGCUUCCUCGACGAGGCCGUUCCUAGGUCGCCCGCGCCCUCUCGAGCCCUCCUUUUUCCCACGCUUCCCCGGUCCUCCGGCCUGAGAACGCUCGAGAGAGGAGGAGUUGGCCGUAGUGAGAGGGACCGAUCCCUUGGGGCCGCCGGCGGCGAGAGCCUGUGCCGCUCCUCCCAAUGGCGAAGAAGACGUACGACCUGCUUUUCAAGCUGCUCCUGAUCGGGGACUCGGGAGUGGGGAAGACCUGCGUCCUUUUUCGUUUUUCGGAUGAUGCCUUCAAUACCACCUUUAUUUCCACCAUAGGAAUAGACUUUAAGAUCAAAACAGUUGAAUUACAAGGAAAGAAGAUCAAGCUACAGAUAUGGGAUACAGCAGGCCAGGAGCGAUUUCACACCAUCACAACCUCCUACUACAGAGGAGCAAUGGGUAUCAUGCUAGUAUAUGACAUCACCAAUGGUAAAAGUUUUGAAAACAUCAGCAAGUGGCUUAGAAACAUAGAUGAGCAUGCCAAUGAAGAUGUGGAAAGAAUGUUACUAGGAAACAAGUGUGAUAUGGAUGAUAAAAGAGUUGUACCUAAAGGAAAAGGAGAACAGAUUGCAAGAGAGCAUGGUAUUAGAUUUUUUGAGACUAGUGCAAAAGCAAAUAUAAACAUCGAAAAGGCGUUCCUCACAUUAGCUGAAGAUAUCCUUCGAAAGACCCCUGUAAAAGAGCCCAACAGUGAAAACGUAGAUAUCAGCAGUGGAGGAGGCGUGACAGGCUGGAAGAGCAAAUGUUGCUGAACGCUCUCCUGUUCCAUCCGUUGCCAUCCACCACCCUGUUUUCUCUUCCUGCUGCAAAAUAAACCACUCUGUCCAUUUUUAACUCUUCAACAGAUAUUUUUGUUCCUCAUCUUUUAACUCCUAGUCCACCUGCUUUAUUUGUUCUUUCAUCUGUGACUGCUUGCUGACUUUAUAAUUUUCUUCAAACAAAAAAAUGUAUAGAAAAAUCAUGUCUGUGAGUUCAUUUUUAAAUGUACUUGCUCAGCUCACCACAGCAUUUCAGUUGUAUUAUAGUCCAGUUCUUAUCAACAUUAAAACCUAUAGCAAUCAUUUCAACUCUAUUCUGCAAAUUGUAUAAGAAUAAAAGUUAGAAUUAACAAUUUUAUUUUGUACAACAGUGGAAUUUUCUGUCAUGGAUAAUGUGCUUGAGUCCCUAUAAUCUAUAGACAUGUGAUAGCAAGAGAAACAAAAGCCAGGAAAACACUCAUUUUCGCCUUGUAUAUGUAAAUGGGGUUAAUUUUGUCCUGUGCCUUAUGUGAAAAGGAACUUCUUUGGUUUUUACUUUUUUUAUUUUGGUGGAAGCAUGUGCAGGAGACAUAUCAUCGAAACAUAAAGCAUUAAAAUGUUUGUGGUUUGCUUGGCUGUAAUUUUCAAAGUAGUUAAUUGAGGACAAAGGAUAAUGCAGAAAUGAUAGCUUUGGUUUGUAGAGUCUCAUUUAAGUGGCCUUGAUAUUUAAAACUAUUCCUGCCACGGGUUCUUUUCCUUGGCCACUUUUUCCUUGUCUCUUCCUGCAUGCUUCUUUAUUUGCUUCUCCCCCACCACCCUGUGGUAUGAGUUAUUUAAAAAUGAAAGGGGUAAACUAGCAGGUUUGUCGAGUUUAACAUAAAGCACUGAUUUAACUUGCUAAGUAAACUGAAAGAUAAAUUCUAACUGCCUGUUAUCAAAUGUCAGUUAACUGUGUCCUCCCCUCAUUUUCUCUCUCCCCUAAAGCUUCUGUCCCAGAUUCCUUCAUUUGCUGUUGGACUUCAUGUUCCUCUUCUCUUUCCCUCUUUGUUCCCUUCCUGUGUCUCCACUGAGUUUAUGAAAUGGAAGAGUUAAUUGCAUGCACUAGUGUUUGGAGGGUGUUGUGGUUUGUCUUUCUAAUUAGGGUGUAUAGCCUAUUCACUUUCCUAGAAUAAAUCUCUUAACCUAAA